AUGUCGACAUUUUUUCUUUUUGCUCUCUUCGAUCGCGUCAAUCCUCCACACACGGACACAGACACAGACAUACACACGCAACUGUUCGCCUGCUUUGUCGAGUGUGUUGUCAUGGGUAAGCGAAGCAAGGAGGAGCAGCGACGGCGUGCAGAACCAGUAGAGCCGGAACUUCCUCUUGGGAAAUACUUGGCGUCCACAGAGAAGCGUGUUCGUGAUCGAGCGAUCCGCUCGCUCGCUGCUUUUCUGCUUAAGAGUGCAGAGGAAAAUGGCCUUUCGAUGUCGUCGACGGAGCUGUCGAAACUGUGGAAAGGAAUCUUUUAUUGCUUUUGGAUGAGUGAUAAGCCGCUUGUACAGCAGCAGCUCGCCCAGGAACUCAGCGAGCUUGUAUGGAUGGUCGCUGGCAUCGAUACCACUCCGCAGGCUCAGCAAGAUGAACGAGCCGACAAGACAAAAGUCGGGGAUCACGGGAAAAGACCCAAACUCGAUAAACAUGCUCGCACAAUUCGGGCCCUUACCGCACUUGAUUUUUACGAGGGUUUCUGGCACACGAUGCAAUCUGAGUGGCAUGGUGUCGACAAGUUCCGCAUCGAUAAAUAUUAUAUGCUGAUGCGUCGCUUUUUGUACUCUGGGCUUCAUUUACUGCAUCUUCACGCGUUCGACAAGGUCUUGCUCGAUCGGUAUAUUCAAAUCAUGCGCGGUUCACAUGGGCCCUUGGCCUCCAACAACGUCAGUGUUCCCGACAGUAUCACGUAUCAUGUGUGUGAUACAUAUCUUGACGAGCUGCAACAUACUUUCUUGUCGCCUGUGGACUCCGAGACUAAGCCUGUGAUUCCUACGCUUGAUUUGCUAGCGCCUUUUAUGGACUUGGCUGCGACGAGCACGUCCAAGCAAAUGUACGACCGUGUUAUGAGUCGAGUGCUUUUGCCCUUCCUGGAAACAUGUGAGAAAUACGCAAGGCCAUCGCGUCCGGCGAAGAAACGACGUCAUGAAGAUGACGAAGUAGAUGGCCUGGAGUCCCUUCUUUUGCACUCGUGCGUGGAUGGGUCCGGCAAAACGGCUGAUGCUCAGGUCCUUAGACAUGCGUCAUGGCAGAGGCUUAUCGCCGCUGCAAGCGCCCCUAAUACUUAUGCCCCUAGUCGCCGAAAACUCUAUGCUCUAUGGAAGGAGGCCAAUGAAACAGACGAGGACGGGGAUGAUGAGGGCGAGAGUGACGAAGCUGAGUAA